AUGACCGGGCUGACCCGCACGCUGCUCAUCUUCUUCGACCUAGCCUGGAGGCUGCGCAUCAACUUCCCCUACCUCUACAUCGUGGCUUCCAUGAUGCUGAACGUGCGCUUGCAGGUUCAUAUUGAGAUCCAUUGAAGGUCCUCCCCUGACUGGCAAAGGUGUGACCUCAGGCUCCUUACGUCAAAGACACAAAGCAUGA